AUGAAGUACCAGCAUGUAGACAUUGACUUUGGACUAUACCAGUCUGUAACGCGAGGUCGAGGUCAACUUCUUGCUUUGGAAGGCCAACAGUUUUCAGAUAGACCAAAGAGCGUCUUUGACCGAGUUGGUGGUCCUCCAGAUGUAGACGAUGUUUUUGUCCCUCUGGAGAACAGACUGGACAGCACAGAAUCCUUGUCACGGAGCUGCUUGAAACAAACCACAAAUUACAAACGACGUCUUUGCCUUUUGUAUGGUAUUGCUCAAACAAGCAUAGAGAUUGUGGAAGCAACUCAGCAGUCUGUGAGCAUGUAUGAAGAGACAAACAGAGACAGACUUGUCGACACACAAGCCGACAGUACAGUGAGUCUGAGACUUGAGAAUGGGGGCAGUCCUUGCGCUGGCCGAGUGGAGGUUCUCCACAAAGGGCUGUGGGGGACUGUGAACGAGUAUAACUGGGACCUGGCAGAUGCUACCGUUGUUUGUCGGGAGCUGGACUGUGGGAACGCGGUCUCUGCCCAUCGUGGGGCUCACUUUGGACCAGGAUCCGGAUUCGUUGUGACAGGGAAUGUGAGGUGCAGCGGGAAAGAGCGUUCUCUGCGGGAAUGUCAAUCAUGGAAGUGGGAUCACAGCUCCUGGUCACACAACUAUGAUGCUGGUGUCAUCUGUUCAGAACACAGAGCUCCGAGGUUGGUACCUGGAAAUUCCCAAUGCUUCGGUCGACUGGAGGUCCAGUUCGGUGACACCUCGAAAACAGUGUGUGGUCUUGACUGGGAUUUGAAAAACGCCAAUGUGGUCUGUGCACAGCUUCAUUGUGGAGUGGCCGUAUCUGUUUCAAGCUCUGCUCAUUCUGGAGGCAGUACUGUGCUCAUGGGUAAUGAGGUCUUUAAAUGUGCGGGCAAUGAGACUCAGCUGUGGAAGUGCUCUCGGUCUUCAGACACUCACCAGGAUUGCAGUGGACACAACAAUGUCAGCCUGAUAUGUUCUGGAAACCAUGGACCCCGACUGGUUGAUGGGGAGAACAGGUGCUCUGGGCGCGUGGAAGUGCUGCAUGGAAAUCAGUGGGGAACGCUGUGCAGUGAUUUCUUUGGAUUACAGGACGCCAGUGUGGUCUGUGAGCAUCUUCAAUGCGGGGUUGUAAAGUCAAUCCCCAGAGAAGUUCGAUCUGGGAAGGGAGGCGGAACAGUGUGGAAGGAAAAGUACAGGUGUCGUGGUGACGAGAGAAGAUUGUGGGACUGUCCAGUUUCACAUGGAGAAAACUUCAUGUGUUCACAUGAAAAUGGGGCUAACGUCGUAUGCUCUGUCGCCAUUAUAAUCGUUGUUCUCAAAAACUCUGAUGUUAUAGAUGAAAACUGGGCACUGAGACUAGCGAAUGGGGGAAGCCGCUGUGACGGCCGAGUUGAAGUUUACUACAAUGGAAGCUGGGGCGGAUUACAGGACACUUUUUGGAAUCUGAAUGUUGGUCACGUUGUCUGCAGACAGCUGGGAUGCGGUUAUGCCUUAGAAACAUAUAACUCUUCAAAGUACCGGGAGAGUGACAGCCGUUCGUGGUUGCUUGGGGUCCAGUGUCAUGGACAGGAACCACAGCUCCGGAACUGCAGGACCUUCGGCCCAUUUAAUUGGUCCAGCACUGACAGCAGCGGCGCAGGCGUAAUCUGUUCAGAACACUUACAGUUAAGGCUAUCAGAUGGUGGAAGCCCUUGUGCUGGUCGAGUGGAGAUUUACUACAAAGGGACAUGGGGCUCUGUUUGUGAUGACUCCUGGGAUGUGAUGGACGCUGAAGUGGUUUGCAAACAACUGGAAUGUGGAAAUGCACUGGACUUGACAUUUCCUUCCUCCUAUGGACCGGGCUCAGGCCCAGUUUGGUUGAAAGAUGUGAAGUGUUCUGGAAAUGAAUCAUUUCUUUGGGAAUGUCCUUCAGCACAAUUGGGUCACCAAGACGACUGUUCUCAUAAAGAAGAUGUGAGAAUUGUGUGCUCAGAGCACAAGGAGAUACGGCUGGUGAACGGAAAGCAUCGUUGUGAGGGGAGAGUGGAAGUUUUCUACAAUGGGACCUGGGGAACAGUGUGCUCAAAAAGCCUGGAUUUACACGAUGCGGACGUGAUUUGUAAACAGUUGCGCUGUGGUGCCGUUAAGGAUGUUAUGUAUGACACUCAAUUAUUCGGAGCAGGGCUAGGACCCAUUUGGAUCCAUGAGAUUGAGUGCCAGUCACACGAUUCAACCCUGUGGCAAUGCCGAACAGAUCAGUGGGAUCAACACGACUGUGAGCACAGGGAUGAUGCCGGUGUUGUAUGUUCAGAGAGCAAUGUGACGAAGGAGCAGUCCCCCAUUUCAAAUUCCUGCCGUCAACAAUCAGAUUCGCAAUACAGGGUGCACCUGAGCGGAGGGAGCAGCGACUGUUCAGGGACAGUGGAGAUAAUGUGCGAUGAACGCUGGGGCACAUUGUGUGGGGACUCCUGGGAUAUCGUUGAUGCCAAUGUUGUCUGCAGACAGCUGAGAUGUGGCUUCGCUCUAUCGGCUCAAGGAGGGCCCAUAGUCUCCCAGGGUAAAGGUGUGAUCUGGCAGAAUGGUGUGAAGUGUAAGGGACGUGAAUCCUCUCUAUCUUACUGUCUCUCCCCUGCUCCAACACAAAGGAAGUGUAAUCACAAGGAAAUUGCCAGUGUGAUCUGUUCUGGAUCCGAUGCGUUGACGACUUCCCCUUCACCUCCACCUGCGGGACAGGACAGUCAAUCUAUUUCCAUGCCUGUUGUCGUUUGCCUAACCUUGGGAGUCCUAUUCAUCUGUGAGUUGGUCACACUACUGGUGGUGAUGCAGAGGAAAUUACGAGUGAAAGAUCUUUACACGGUCGGCAAAGGCUCAAGUCUUGGAUUGUACCAAGGAAUUUAUGAAGAAAUUGAGAAUAUUCCUCCUGGCAAGAUGAUGCAUCAGGAACUUGAACCAGUAAUUGCUGCUUCCAUCGACUCACUCAAUCACAUCGAAUACUACACCAGCGACAACUUGAUUGACAAUAAUCGGGGAUCAGAAAAUCCUGAGGUGAACUCCAACAGUAUUGCAGGUCCUAUUCGUGGCUAUUAUGAUGAUAUUGAGACUGAAGGCGCUGAAUCUCAGGAUGGCCAGUUACAAUUGGACAGUGAUCCUGAUGAGCCCCUCACAUUGACAAAUGAUGUCAGUGUUCCUUGUUCACUUGAACAAAUACUUGUCGAGGGAUCACUUGCUGCCUACUCCUGUCCUGCUGUUCGAGAUCGAUUACAUUCAGCUGAGCGAGCAGAUAGAGAUACAGAGAUACCAGGAACUGCAGAUGCUGGAGAAUCUGAGAUAACAAGGCGUAGAGCUGGAUGAACACAGCAGGCCAAGUAAAUGGCAGAGUUUACUUCAACGCGGGACGUCCUGAGGCACAUAAACUUGCGAGAAGUCGUCCACUUUCAUUUCCAAAAUGCU